GUCACGCGCGGCGGAUCCGGGCGUCGCCGAAAUAAAAGAAAAGGACGAUAAAAGGAAAAUGUUUUUGGCGCCGGUUUCUCCCGUCGUCGACGUCCGGCGGCCGGGGGCCGGGGCCGGGGGUCGGUGAACCGGGGGUCGGUGAACCGGGGGUCGGUGAACCGGGGGUCGGUGAGCCGGCGGCCAGGCUGACGGGCUGACGGCUCCCUCCGCGGGCGGGAGAUUCAAAGGCUGCCUUUGGUGUUCCGAGAGACAUCACCAAGAGCAUCAGCGACCCUGUCCCUGCUCCAGUAUAAGCAGGCACUGAAGAUGAAGUGUGACACCUUGCGCUUCCCAGCAAAGAUGUACACCCCUCAGAACUACGUGGACGAGGAUAGCCUCCCCAUCUGGGCAGCUCCAAGACCCUUGCUCGUGGGGCCGGCUGAGGUGGACUCUGUUCCAGACCUGGAUGUUUCCCUGACACCGGACAAGAUGAGCAAAUGUACGGGAAUACUGAAAAAGCAGGAGAAGGCAGCGGAUGAAGGUGUGAGUGGGAGAGUCGGCCGUCGGCAGGUUCGUUUUGACACUGUCUGUGAGUCCAAGAGCUGUGACAGGGAAAGGUUAAUCCAGGGGGAUCCAGAUAACAGGCCAGAAGAUGCGAGCCCUGUAAACCCAGCUCUGGAACUGGAUCCCAAGACCAGCGAUUCAAUUGUCCAACCGCUAACCAACCCAUCUUCUGUUUUCUCCACGGACCGAAAGGAUAAAGGACCAUCCCACAGCAAUUCACGGAAGAAUAGAGCAAUUAAACCGGCCAGAGCGAACAAACUAGUCAAGCUUUCCGGGCUCCUGGGGGGCGCUGAGGAUCGCCAGGACCGUCCCCUGGCCGUUCCCGAGUACAACACCACCCUGGCACUGGGGCAGGAGCUGCAGCAGCUGAAGGAAGCGGGCUUCGACGCAAGGAGAGCCGCGGCUGAUCAGCUGAAGAAGUCAUCGGUGACACGGCAGUGUGUGGAGGGCAAAGUGACGGAAGGCCUGAACGUACCGAAAGAUCUGCAGCGUUACAGGGGGCUGGUCAGCCUGGAGGUGCCUGUGGACGAGGUGCUGAACUCGGCCAUUCAGGAGAAAAUGCUGCUGGUCAAACCAAGGGCAGAGAGCAAGAAGCACACAGUUGGUGUAGAAGCUCCUGACCUGAUGGUGUUCUACAAUGCCUCAGAGCUGCUGAUGGAGGACCCCCACCUCUCCGUGGAUGGCCUGCCAACGCUGAAGGUGCAGCCGCAGCCAAAACCAGCGGCUUCAUGCUUUGACCUUUAUCGGAAGCUGAAGCAGUGGGAGGCCUAGCAGCAGUGGCUCAGAAAGCAGCAGGAGUGCUUGUUCUGCGUGAAAAGUCUACAUGUAUUUAUUAGAUCCCUUGUAAAAAUCAUCCCAAAUUGUAUUUAUGAUCCCUGAUCAAUUUUGCAGUCACAACAAACCACAAGGAAGGCAAAGCGUGUUAAAUUUAGAACAGAAAUGUGCAAUGCCUAAAUCAGGCUAGUCUCAUCCUGAGCUGCUUCUGAAUUCUUAGGAUUUUUUUUGAAGCCAGUAAUGUCUUAACUCUCUGAUGUGAGCUGUUCUUGGUGUUCUAAUCCAGGAUUUGCCCAUCAGUGAGGUAAUAGUGCUAUGAAAAGCCCCUUUCCAAAUCUCGAGCUUGCCUUUUAAACAGAUCAAAGAAGAAUAAAAGGAAGUAGGAUUUUGGUAUGCAGUUCUCGUUAUUAACCAGCCACCGACUUGCUGAUCCAAGCCAUGCCCCUGGGAGAAUGGACAUCUAUUAAUGUUUUCCCAGGCAUGACCUAGAGAGAGGGUAAUGUGGAUACUACACUUAACCUCCAUAUAACAGGAGUAAAUCGUCGAUGUGGAUCAAAAAGUUGCCAUGAGGGACCAAUCACUGCUUAAAAAUUGGCUUAAUUUAACUCAAGAAGUUACAAUUGAAGUCCAUUCACUGCUGUUAUGCGAGAGCCAAUCUGCAAUCGGAAAAGCUCCCUGAAACAGCAAAUGUGAAUGGUCAGAUGAUUGUGUUUUUGGUGUGGAAGAAAUAAUGCUGACCACAAUGCUAGUAGAGCUUGCCCUCCCUUGUGAACAGUGAUCAGAAUCUAAACAUUCAGCUUUUGCAGAGAACGUGCUUUAAUGGAAUUAGGGGCUUAACGUCCAGAUUCAAGGUAUGAGGCACGCUCACUUGCCAACCUGCCAAAGUAUUACAGAAAAAGCCCUGGUGUCAAUUACAUGGGCAAUUCUUAGUAUUGUUCACCAUCGAGAGUGCAGGUAAAAUGUUGCAAUUCACUCGAUGGCAGUUGUUGCUAUCUGUUUUAGAUUCCAUCUCUAAUUUAUUUCCAACUCAAGGAGGCUAUUUUUCAUUGUUCUUUCUGUAUGAGCGACAGUUAAAUGCUCAGUGUUACAACUUUAGCAGUUGUCUUUGAAUGGUGCCUUCAAUGCUGCAAAAUGUUCCAAAGUCAUUUACAAGAGCUCAUCAGGUGGAAUUUCUCUCCAGAAAAUGCUGGAAAUGUCCAGCAAGUUGGGCAGCAUCCGUGGAAAGAGAAACGAAGUUCUGAUGAAAGAUCUUUGACCUGAAAGGUUAGUUCUGUCUCUAUCCAUCCAGCUCUCUCGCUCUCUCUCACCACAGAUGCUGCCUGACCUGCUGAGUGUUUCCAGCAUUUCCUGUUGUUCAUUGCAAAUUUCCAGCACCAUGCAGAUUUUUCUUUUGAGUUUUCAGAAUUUAUCUCCAGAAUACCUAAAGUGAUAUUAGAUCAGGAAACCAAAAUAAUGGUAAUCUCUGAAUUUAUGGUUUAAGUACCAAAUUGGUUUAGGGAUGAAUACAUCAGCUAACUGGUUCCAGACACCAGAAAAUGGUGGGAAUGCAAUAAUUCAGGGAGCUGGUGACACAAUGGGUUGGACCUUUCUGGGAUGUCCUACCAAGGCAUGUCUGCCAGUUGCAAUGUAAAAUUAAUCCAGCAACUCUGAUUCUAAUUCUGAAUUGGAUUGGGCCUUGAUCAUGAAGCUGCUGCUAAUUGGCGGUCUCACUGAGCAGUGCUAAAUCAGUGAGAAAGGUGCCAUUUGGAGUACAUGUCUGCAAAACAUUGUGGAAGGAGCUUCUCUGCAUUUUGUCCUGGAUGAUCCUGAUCUGUGUAAUUGAUGUUUGACAACAGGAUAAUGGGAAGUGCUUCAUUCUCUGGCACAAUUCUCUCUCACCCUGAAGAGUACAACAAAUGUGUUUUCAUCUUACUUGUUCUACUUUUUUUUGCUACCAUUUUGGUGAAACUCUGUUAUCUUUGAACCACUAACCUCUUUAAUGUGUGUUGUCAAUUUUAAUAUGGAUUAUUAUUUGUUAUAUUACCAGUUAUAUAUUUUUAAAUUAAAGCUCAAGAUUUCUUUACAAUGUUGACUGUUAACAAUUUACAAUUUUCAAAAUCAGUUCUUAAAGAUUAAAGUGUUUAUAAUGUUGA